UGAAAUGACCGAUGAAUAUUGUUUUGUAUUUCACGUUUAAUUUAUCGGUCCCUUUAUAGCAAAGAGAAAGAGUUAUCACUCUUUGCUUUAUCGUCUGAUAACUUGUUGAUCUCUUAGUCAACAUAUUUCCGUAAAGAAACAAGAUUGCUCUGUUUAUUUGUUUUCCAGUUGAAAUCUAUUGUUAAAUUGUCUAUUUGUUAAUGUUAAAUUAAAGUUAAUUUUUUCUAGUUAAUAUUUCCAAUUGUUAAAUCAUUUAUGGUUAAAGUGGCAAAUUUUGCACUAAAUUUGCUUCCAAAUAAAUCUCAAAUUUUCAGAAAAUUGACUCGCUCUGAAAAAUGUCUUCUCCUGUUAGUCAUUGUAACAUUAUUCAUAUGUUUUACAUUAGCCAUUGUGAUUAUCACAUCUUACUGCCAAGUUAACAAAGUUUGUUUAAGCCGAGAGUGUAUCAAAGCAGCCUCUACUAUUUUGGACCAACUAAAUGAAGAAGUUUCACCAUGUGAUGGUUUUUAUGAAUUUGCAUGCGGAGGAUUAGACAAUGAAUUUAUAGAGAUACCAGAGGAUCGUACAAACAUGUGGACUACUUCACUAGCUCAAGUAAAGAUUAACAACAGAUUGAAAGUUCUUCUAGAAUCCAUCAAUACAACACAAAAUGAUAAUUAUUUGACUAAAAUGAAAAAUCUUUAUGAUUUGUGUAUGGAUAAAGAUAAUUUGGAAAAUUUAGGAAGCUCUUUACUCCUUGGUGUUCUCGAUCAGUUAGGUGGUUGGCCUGUGGUUUCGGGAACCAAAUGGAAGCAAGAUGAGUUUGACGUUGUUGAUACAUUGGUCAAUAUGCGUAAAUAUGGUUAUCCUCAUGACAUCUUUGCUUCGAUCACCAUUUCACCACACAUUUUCUACCAAAAAUUCAACGUUAUCUAUAUUGGUGAGGCCAAUUUAGCUUUAGAAGAACGUAGUUACUACGAGGAAGAUCUAGAUGAUCCCGUUCUUCAGGAAUACCUACGUUUUAUGGUAAAAUCGAGUGUAUACCUUGGAGCUGAUCAAGCCUUAGCUGAAGCUGAAAUGGCAAAAGUGUUACAAUUUGCGAUACAAUUGGCUUUACUGACAAUAUCUCGUAAUACUCCUCACAACUAUUACAACCCAAUGAAGAUUGACCAGUUACAAGCAUUAUCACAGGAAGCGUACAACUGGACUCAAUAUUUCAAUGGCAUCUUUGAUCCAUUUUCAAUUGUUAAUAAUGACAGCUACAUAAUUGUUUAUGUGCCAAAUUAUAUUAAAGCCGUGAGUGAGCUGAUUGAAUCAACAGAUAAAAGAGUUUUGGCCAACUAUUUGUUAUGGCGAGUUGUGCUCAGUUCAACCGUUUUACUAGACGAACGCUGGGCCUUGCUGGGUCGUGAAUUUUAUCAACAUAUCGAUGGACGUAAAUCAUUAAAGCCUAGACAUUCAUUUUGCAUGGAAACGGUCAAAAAAUAUUUCAACAUUGGUUCAUCUGGACUUUAUAUUAAUGCAACUGAAGACAAAAGUAAUCUCAAUUUGAUGUCAAAAAUGACCGAAUAUAUCAAAGAAUCUUUUGUUGGAAUGAUUAAAUCAUCUGAUUGGAUGGAUGCACAAUCAAUGGAAGCUGCUCUAAAUAAGACAAGUUUGAUGACCUUACAUGUUGGUUAUCCCCAGGAAUUGACUGAUUUCGAUAUAAUCAAUGAUUAUUAUCAAGAGGUUCCUACUGGUAGAAACACUACAUGGUUUGAAAUGAUUUUGUUUCUCAGACAUUGGAAGAAGGAUAAAGAUUACCUCAAGAUUACUACUGGAAAUGAGAAAGGAUUUUGGGUUGAUUACAGUAAUGUUAUCGAUAUAAAUGCUUAUUACCGUCAUCAAGAAAAUAGCAUUCAAUUUCCACUCAGCAUCAUUGAAUCAACUGGAAUCAAUGCUGAUUAUCCCAUGUACUUAAAUUUCGGAGCAGUUGGCUGGAUUAUUGGACAUGAAAUUUCUCAUGGUUUUGACACUGUUGGUAGAAAAUUUGAUGAGCACGGGAAUUAUGAAAAUUGGUGGUCAGAUUCAACUACGGAAAAAUUUGAAGCCAAAACUCGCUGCUAUGCAGAACAGUAUAGUCAAUUUGAACUCAAAAAGACUGGUGAAAAGGUUAAUGGAAAUCGAACACUUGCUGAAAAUAUAGCAGACAAUGGUGGCAUGAAACAAGCAAUUGUGGCUUACAAAAAGUACGUCAAGGAUCACGGAGAAGAGCCAUUAUUACCUGGCCUUAAAUAUAAUCCAUAUCAACUAUUUUUCAUUAGAUCAGCUCAUUUUUAUUGUGGCAAAUGGAGGACUCCAGCUUUAUCUCAUAUGAUACGAACAGAUGUACAUAGUCCAGGAAUUUUUAGAAUUAUCGGCACUUUGUCAAACAUGGUUGAAUUUUCUGAAGCCUUCAACUGUCCAUCCAAAGCUAAAAUGAAUCCAGAAAAAAAGUGCACUCUUUGGUAAAAUAUUACUCCACAUUGAAAUAUUACUCUGUUUUGAUUAUUUGAUCUUGUAUCAAACAGUAAACAUCAAUAUAAUUUCUCGGUUGAUUUAAAACCUCUACGUAUCUUCGGUAUCUGUAUUGUAUCUUCUGGCUUAAUUGUUGUUUGAAGCAAGAAUGAAUUUGACUCAAAGAUCAAAUAUUGUUAUUGUCUUUGCUACAUUAUUUUGAAAAUGAAAUUCAGAGAUUGAUUAAAAUUAUCAAGUUUUUCUUGUAUUAGAUGUUUAGUAGUUUGAAAUUGAUGCACUAGAUGACGUCUCAAGUCACUCACAAUAAAAUCUAUUUUAAUAACAAUGA